CUAAUUUUCUGACUAACGGGCGCCACUGACCACCACAAACCAAAACUCAGCAGUGGUAGGUGGAGAAGAUGAGUUUGGCUCUGGCUUGGGCACUACCACCACGACCACCCCCGUCACCACAAUCCUUCGCCUCAUCAAGGCACACCUGCUCUGCAUUUUCUCAAGCCUCCAUUUCCUCCACCACUCGCCCUGCUGUCAUUCUCCCAGGUUUAGGGAACAAUACGGGUGACUAUGAGAAGUUAACUCUUACCUUAGAAGGCUAUGGAGUUCCAGCUGUGGUUGCAAAGGUGUCAAGGUUUGAUUGGCUGAGGAAUGCUGCUGGAUUGGUGGACCCCAAUUACUGGCGUGGGACCCUUCAGCCUCGGCCUGUUCUUGAUUGGUAUUUGAACAGGAUAGAAGAGGCUGUCAAUGAAGCAAAGGAACUAGCUCAAGGUGGGACUUUAUCUUUAAUUGGGCAUUCAGCAGGAGGAUGGCUAGCGCGAGUUUAUAUGGAAGAAUUUGGGUUCUCCGAUAUUUCCUUGCUAUUGACUCUUGGUUCCCCUCACUUACCCUCUCCAAAAGGUUUGCCUGGAGUUAUAGAUCAAACAAGGGGACUCUUGGAUUAUGUUGAGAAACAUUGCGCUAAAGCUGUUUAUAGUCCAGAACUGAAAUAUGUGUGUAUAGCAGGGAGGUAUAUUCAGGGUGCUCGCUUCUUUGGCAACUCAGAUAUCAAUUCCAGUUCUGCAAUUUCUAUUGAGAUUGACCAACCAGUUUCAGAGGUUGCUAUCAUAAACGAUGCUGCCACGUCUACAUCAAUUGCACCAACUUUCCGUGCACGAUUCGUUGGUCAGGGGUACAAGCAGGUUUGUGGUCAAGCAGAUGUAUGGGGCGAUGGAGUGGUGCCAGAGGUAUCAGCUCAUCUGGAAGGAGCACUCAACAUUAGUCUGGACGGUGUGUACCAUUCACCGGUUGGUUCAGAUGAUACAUCAAGACCAUGGUAUGGGUCUCCUGCUGUCGUAGAGCAAUGGAUACAUCACCUCCUUAAAUACCAACAUAUGAAUUAAUCAAAAGGAAAGAGGAAUUAAUUCAUUCCUUGUCUUUACAUUAACAACCAUUAUAUGUACCAUAUUGAGCUUAUAAAUUAGUCUGCUCAAUGAUAUGUUUGUCGUCAUCAGAAUGCCACUGCCUUCAACUCUACUCCCGACUUUUUUGGUUUAACAGCGAGAGGUGUCCGAGCCAAUUUAUCUUCUUUUUUUUUUUUCAUACUCAUGGGGUCUUUCCUUAUAUUUUUGUCCCAAUCCUUGUACCCAAAAUAGGUAUUUCCUUCUAAUUUCAUUCUCAAGCUGGUGGUUGAUUAAAUCCCAUUUUUCUCCUCCACGUUGAAUGGGGUGUAUCAUUUUGAGUUAAUAAGGAUCUUGUGAAGUGAU